AUGGCAGGAGGCACCACCAAGAUCCAUGAGAACCUAUUCAGAGUCCUGGUCGGAGGCGCUGUUAAUCAGCUGGCCUUCAUCGGUUUCUGGUUUCAAGGCUGCCUGGGUUCGUUGUCUGAUCACCGGGUUUCAGUUAUGGUGCUCAUUCCGACCCCGCUCCCUGGCAGUCCAAACUCCUAUAUUAGUCGUCUGUCGUAUGGCUCCAGCUCGCCGGCUCUGUCCAACCGCCAGCGCUUUCCCACUUUCUUCCGCACUCAUCCUUCUGCCACGCUGCAUAACCCCACUCGAGUGCAGCUCUUCCAGAAGUGGAAAUGGACCAAGAUUGCCACCAUUCAGCAAACAACUGAAGUUUUUACAUCAACUCUGGAUGAUCUGGAGGACAGGGUGGCGGAGGCAGGCAUUGAGAUCAGCGUUCGUCAGAGCUUCCUCACCGACCCCGCUGUGGCUGUCAAAAAUCUCAAGCGCCAAGAUGCCAGAAUUAUUGUUGGCCUGUUCUAUGAGACGGAGGCCAGGAAGGUGUUCUGUGAGGUGUACAAGGAGAAGCUGUAUGGGAAAAAGUAUGUCUGGUUCCUCAUUGGCUGGUACGCUGACAACUGGUUUAAGAUCAAUGACCCAUCCAUCAACUGUACUGUGGAGCAGAUGACGGAGGCUGUGGAGGGUCAUGUGACCACUGAGAUCGUCAUGCUCAACCCAGAAACGGUGCGAGGAGCCUCUAACCUG